CAAACCGAGCCUGUGUAGACUAUAUGACAUUCAGUAGUUUCUAGCGAGGAUCAAUCAAAUACUAGUAGCUGCUGCCAGGUCACCGGCAACAGCUGUCGAGUUGCGAGCUUUUCGCAUCCUUAACUUAACUUAAAUGUAAAUUCCCUGAACUCAUUAACAAAGCAGCCAGUAUUGUUCGUCACGUUGCACCGAGUUUUACUUUUUCACUACAGCUGUUCUAUUAUCAGUUUGAAAAGUUUAAUUUGAUGAUCAAAAGGUUAACAAACUGUAGAGAUUUUUUUACGCCUUGAAAGUUUUUGGAAUGAUUGCCCUGUAGAUCAUUUCCGUCUCGUAUUAUUAUGCGCCCAGGCUCUUAGGUUGUACAUGUAUGAGUACACAUACUUCGCACCGUUUUCUUUUUUACUUCUUUGAGAUAAUUUCACUUUUCAUCACUAUACAGGCGUACUUUUGUAACUGAAAUAUUGCUAUGCAUAUUGCGAUUUUGCUUCUUGUCACCGCCUUAAAAAGUUGCUAAGUUUAAGUCUUGUGCGUGCUACGAUAUCUAUGGGUGCUAUUUCUGUGUAUUCACUGAAAGCCAUAGAAGUGAAUGCACACUGCCAGUCGAACAUUAACUAUUGGUGUAACAUGACAGAUCUGAACGCGACGAUGUGGUUUACCAACAGCUAGGUAUUUGAAACUCGUCCAUGAACAGAAGAGGAGUGAACAUGCUGCAAAUUAAUAAAAGGAAGCCCUACAAAGACUUCCUUUGUAAUUAUUGCUGUUAUCUAGCAGCCACGUAAUCGAAAGACAAUAGGUGUGAAAUAUUCCUACCUGCGCCUCGCGUGCCACUAGUAAGUGUUAAUUAGUUACCCUACAUAGGAAUGAACUGACUUCGUGGGCAUUGACCUCGCUAGGAUUCUAGUUCACGUCAUUCAGAGCUGCCAGCAAAUAAAAAGAGUAUCCAACAUGCACUACUGUUAUUUCGAGACACAUUCUACUUAUGAAAAUCUACAACAGAAAUGUCCUCAAACGACCCCGAGCACAGUGAUUAAGGUGCAAAACACGUCCAUCCUGUUGAUGACUAGAAUGCUCUGACGUCACCCUCAAGGCACAAAUAAACAAGUCAGACAAUGAGUCGAAUCUGUCGCACAAGACAGCGCUCAAUCAUGGCACAAAACAACGUCCGCAAACCAGGCGUCUUCUCUUGCGUUUUCGUUAUUAUUGCCCUCGUCGUGCAGGAGAGCCAAGCAGCGAACGUUGCCAUGAUGUACGACCUGGCUCAGAGUCACUGGGCCCGGUUUGUAGUGCUUGGAGACGCGCUGGCAUCCCGCGGGCACAACGUAACAGUGGUGGCACCAGAAGACAUUCUGUCCUGGAUACACCGCGGAGUCAGAGACCCUUUCAACUAUCUAACCUUCCCCGAGGCGGGGACAAGAACCUACGUUGAGGAUUACAUCGGUAAAGCCUGGACAAGGAUAUUAGAACAAAGGUAUAUGUACCAACAGACGUGGUCUCACGUUGCAUCUUAUCGUCAAGCAGCCUGGAGAUGCCAGUCGCUUCUUUCCCAGGGAGACGUGUUGGACAAACUCCGACAAGCCGACAUCAUACUGGGAGAACGCCUGACCCCGUGUGCCGCAGUGGCCUCCACUGCCGUCGGCGUGCCCUUGGCCCUGCUCAGCGUACCCAUGCCUGCGAGUUGGCUGGGCUCGGGCGUCCCGGCUCCAACCUGCUGUUUCCCCGUCCCGUUCUCGGGGCUCGGGCGGGUCCGAACCUUCCGCGACAGGGUCCAGAAUCUUGCCGGCUACGUGGCGACUAUGGUCUUUGGGCGUGCCAUAACCGCCUUCUACUUUGACCACCUUGCUAAGAAGUAUAUAGGUGCAGACGCCACCUUCGUGACCGCCCUAGCGGACACUGACCUGUGGCUUCUCACCGAACAUCCGGGGCUCGACCCGGUCCGUCCGCACAUGCCUAAUAUGGUCAACAUAGGAGGCUUCAUGGCCACACCUGCAAAGCCACUACCACAGGAUUUGGAGGACUUCAUGCAGGGAUCAGACCACGGUGUCAUCAUCUUUGGCCUUGGGACCUUUGUGAAAGGCGUGCCGGCUGAACUGGCAGAAGUGUUCGCCUCAGCCUUCGCCCAGCUUCCGCAGCGAGUGGUGUGGCGAUACGACGAGAAAGAGCCGCCCCGCGGUUUAGGAAAGAACACCAAGGUGAUGAAGUGGAUGCCUCAGAACGACCUUCUAGGACACCCCAAGACGCGCCUGUUUAUGAACCACGGUGGCCUGAAUGGCCUGCACGAGGCUGUGUACCACGGCGUGCCCAUGGUCAUCUUACCGCUGACGGUUGAACACCAGGCUUACGCUGACGUCAUGGUAUCAAAGGGAACGGCAGUGACCCUAGACAUCCGUGCUUUAACACCUGAAGAUGUCGUAUCGGCUAUCCAAGAAGUCAUCGGAAAUUCAAGCUACUUGUGUCUGGGAGAAUCCCGUACAUGCUCCUCUAACCAGAGACGCCCACCAUACAGCAGUGUGCCAGAUGUCAUAACUUCUCCGGCUCGGGAAUUCGACAUGGACUUCGAACUGAACAGUUACAAAGAAAGUGCAGAACGACUAGCAAAGCUGUUCCAUGAUCAGCCACAACCCCCUCUGGAACGUGCUGUUUGGUGGAUCGAACACGUCAUCAGACAUGGCGGACUCCCGCACCUGCGCACUGCGAUGAACGACGUGCCGUUUUACCAGUACUUCCAUCUUGACGUUUUAGUUGUUUUUGUAGCUAUCGUCACUGCUCUGUGGUUACCGUUUACACGUAUCUUUAUAAUGAAGUAUUGUUGGCAGAGAAUGGCGGUAGGCGUCGGCAUUUCCAUUUUGGUGAUUUCCAUACCCAUUAUGUUCUUAGAUGGACUAUAGACGCCAUUGAACCAAGGAGAUUAUGGACUAUUUAAAGUUUCUUGCUUGGAUAAUCUCUGACCGACAAUUGACAAAAAAAAAUGAAUUUCUGAUGUAUACAUGUAUUUCGUAUUGUGACUGGAUUUGUAAGUGAACAGUCAUUAUGUUGGUACUAGUAUAUCGUCCUCGAAAUCAAACGCCUCAGCUGCUAACGUUACAGGUAGCCAUAACCUUUUAAAGUCGUUGUCAAGAUGUAACGUUGGUAUACAUGUGACUAUUCUACAGCACUCUUAUUCUGUGAUACAUAUAUCAGUAUAUUUUAAGGUAUAGAUAUUACAAUGCAACUAUUAUAAAGGCAACACUUAGGUUCAUGUGAUAUUUUCUACAUUAAAGCAUUGUCGAAACA